CUUUUUCUUGAGAGGAAUCCCCUGCAUCUUAUCGAUCAAAUCUCUCGAGAUGCCAAAUUCCUGUCUGAGGGCUAUGGAAUUCUUGUCCUCUUCCUAUCAUUUCACCGUCCCGCCAUGGGAAUUGAUACCACAUAACUUAAAUAUAUACCCAAAUUCCCGCACUCACUCCUCACUCACAUCCUCUGUUUCUUCUGUGAUUUCCCGUUUCAAAGCUCCCCACCUGCCCCUUCGAUCAGAAAAUGGCCAUUGAGGUUGUUGUCAAGGCUGCUACUGGUGCCCCCGAUGUUCUUGGAGACUGCCCUUUCUGCCACAGGGUUCUUUUAACUUUAGAGGAGAAGAAAGUUGCUUAUAAAUUGCUUCUUGUCAAUCUCUCCGACAAACCCAGUUGGUUCUUGGAAGUGAGCCCAGAAGGGAAGGUGCCUGUUGUGAAGUUUGAUGGCAAAUGGGUUCCUGAUUCUGAUGUCAUUGUGGGGAUUCUUGAGGAGAAGUAUCCAGACCCUUCUCUUGUUACUCCUCCUCAAUUUUCUUCUGUGGGAUCAAAGAUAAACGGUGCUUUUGUAAAAUUCUUGUUGAGCAAGGACCCCACUGAUGGUUCAGAGCAGGCUUUGCUUGAAGAGUUGAAGGCGUUGGAUGAGCAUCUUAAGGCUCAUGGUCCUUAUGUUGCUGGGGAAAAAGUAACUGCUGUUGAUUUGAGUCUGGCACCAAAGUUGUACCAUAUUGAUAUUGAAAAAGUAACUGCUGUUGAUUUGAGUCUGGCACCAAAAUUGUACCAUAUUGAUAUUGCUCUUGGCCAUUUCAAGAAGUGGGUUUUCCCCGAAAACUUAUCGAGUUUAUCCGCAUACAAAAAGUUGCUUUUCGCUCGAGAAUCGUUCGUGAAGACGAAGGCUGUCCCAGAACAUGUAAUUGCUGGUUGGGAGACCAAGGUGAAUGCUGCUUGAACCAGGACAUGUUUUCAUCCCAAGUUAUGAACAGCACUGGACGUUGGUUGUCCUGUUUUCCUAUGCCUCGAUACAACUGUAUCACUGUGACUCAAUAAAAUGGUGUAUUAGCACUUUACUUUGCCUCAUCAUUGACGGUACUUAUAUUAUAUCACUAUGUCUCAAUAAAAUGGGGUAUUUUUCUCCCCCGCCCUUAUGUAAA